AUGCCUGGACAAAAGAGAAGAUAUAAUGUACGAUUCCCUCCCAGCCGCAUUAAAAAAAUCAUGCAGAAGGACACAGAGGUGGGGAGGAUUGCAAUGGCGGUUCCUGUGAUAAUCUCUCGUGCGCUGGAGAUGUUUCUGAAGUCCCUGCUCACCAAAACCUGUCUGAUAACUCAGUCAAAGUUCAGCACGGUGAUAUCUUUGGCUCACAUAAAGCAAUGCAUAGAGUCAGAAAAUCUCUUCCAUUUCCUCAAAGGCCUGGCUGAGGUAGCCACUUCUACGGCAGCCCAGGAGGACAAAAGAGGCAUGAGCAUGUGGUCUUUGUAC